GCACAGAUGGUGUGUGUGUCGUCUGAUGCUGUGUUGUGCUGUGACAGUAUACCAGGGAUGGGACGUGCAGCAUUCUCACAGCUGCUGCAUCACCCUAACCUCUCUCCAGCCUCAGAGAUCUCUCUCUUCCACGCUCUCACUGCCUGGGGUCGAGCGCAAGUAUUGAAGCAGGGUAAAGCAGGAGGACUCCGAAGCCAGCAUUUACUUGCAGCGUCACCCACUCCAGGGGAGCACCCUGCCACCUGUCUAAGUCAUAAGGUGAAGCAGUUUCUUCCCCAGGUGAAGGUGGGAGAAGGAGAGUCACCAGGAAACCAUUGCCAUGGGAGUGAAGUACAAAACACAGGUUACCUGGAGUCAUCUAACCCUCCCAGGACGCCACAACGUGGAAUAGAUGACUCCAUUGUCAGGGUCCUUCGUAGAGUGGUGGAUGAAUUCCUACCUUGCGUCCGCUUCCUUACAAUGACCACUGAUGAGUAUGUACAACACGUUCUUCCCUCUGCUAUAUUAACCAGCGAGGAGAGUGUAGCAAUACUCAUGAACAUCAGAGAUAUACCAAAUGUUCCCCUGCCAAGCUUUGUUACCUCUCUGAGUAAAUACAAGAGGAAGAACAAAUUAAAUUCCGCUAGUUUGUUAAUUUGCCAACACCACCACACCAGAAAUGAUCAAGAAAUUCUCCGAGAUUUCAAAGUUCCCAAAACAAUACAUCUGACCCAAGUUACAGCUCCUGGAGUUACUAGUUUAACAGAGACGUCAGUCAAAAUCUUCUCUGGAAGCAAGACAGUUACAGUGGGACGCUGGCAAGGAAUAGGUUGUAAAUUUGAUCCGGCGGUUGAGUUAGAAGUUGGUGUAAGUUAUUCAGUAGUGGUAGAGGGAGCUUAUGGCCCCUGUGUAGGGUGUGAGUGCCGUGUGCUGAGUGACGCUGAUGAUAUGCACUGCAGUGGUAAAACAUUGGCUCUCACACCUGUCUUUCUAGAAUACUGGGACACCUAGGUACCUAUUUUGGUACUAGGUAAACAGGGACAGCAGGUGUCUUAAGGAAACACGUCCUAAUAUUUUUACCCGUACCGGGGAUCGACCCCCGGACCUUAGUGUGUGAGCUAAGUGCUCUACCAACCCAGCUACGGGACACCUUACAAAAGUAGCCUGAUGAUUCACGUUGGCUGUGAAGAAAUGUCUUCUAUGUUGCAUGCUUGCAAUUGAUAUAGGAAAUAUAUAAUCAGUAUAUUUAUAAUUUAUUCCCUAUAUCCAUAUAUGAUUAAAAAAGGCGAAGGUGCUAUAAAGAAACCGGAGUCGAGGGUUUUAUGUGCCGACUCCACAGUCCUGUAAUUAAAAUAUCGUGUAGCAGUUAGGUAUCUUUAUUGAUGAAAUGUUUCACAUGCACAGUAGCGUUCUUCAGUCAUAUACAGAGGCAGCAGGUGUAGUAGUUAAACGAAGAUGAUGUAAUUAGUCCCUCAGCCUGGAGAAGAGUUCAGCUUCAUGGUCUGGAACGAUAUCGUUCCAGGCUGAGGGACUGACCACCUCAAAUACUAUUUCUCUAAGAUUGAUUGACUUUUUUGUGUUAUCCCAGGUUCUCUACACAUAUGCUGCUAUGUAUGAUAAUUCUAUGUAACUGUAUUUGUGUAUACCUGAAUAAACUUACUUACUUACUUACUUACUUACUUACUUUAUCUUCAUUACUACACCUGUUGCUUCUGUAUUUGACUGAAGAAGUCUACUGUGUAGGCGAAACGUUUCAACAAUAAAGAGACCCAACUGUCUUAAUCAUUAUAUAGGCUAGCCGUUGCUGGAUGCCAAGGUAUAACAGCCUGGUUGAUCAGGCCCUGAUCCACCAUGAGGCCUGGUCACAGACCGGGCCGUGGGGGUGUUGACUCCCGAAACCCUCUCCAGGUAUACCCUCUCCAGGUAUACCCUCUCCAGGUAUACCCUCUCCAGGUAUACCCUCUCCAGGUAUACCCUUUCCAGGUAUACCCUCUCCAGGUAUACCCUCUCCAGGUAUACCCUCUCCAGGUAUACCCUCUCCAGGUAUACCCUCUCCA